UGGUCAUCACCUCCAGAAGCCAUUGAACGCUUCAAAUCUCAAGAAAUAUGGUUUGCUCCACCUCAGUUCUAUGAGUUGUGUAGACUGUGCAACUUCUGUUCACUCCAUGAAUUACACCAGUUCAGCUUGGAUCGAGCUCUAGAGGGAUGUGAACGUUGGAUGCCUGUGCUGUUAACUGCCUCAGAUGGCUACAUUCAGCUAUUGCCAGGAGAUGAGUUAUAUCCAGAAGAUCCAGAUUAUACAGGAGAAGAGAAAAUAAUCAUGUCAACAGAUAAGAAGGUUGAAGAUAUCAUGAAAGAGGGUAGUGUGUUUCAUAGAAUAGUAAUAAAAAACAUCAACAAUCUUGCUGUCUAUGUUAAUAUUCAAGCAAAAUAUAAACAUAUGAAUCCACUGAUGAUGAACUCUGACUGUUCAGAUUACAAUAGCAGAUUAUAA